AGGGUGCAGGGCGGCCUCGAGAUCGCUGGCGUGCAGCGCAGCAUCGAGCUGAGCGACCUGCAGUGGGCAGAGGCGGCCCUAUGGCUGUUCGGCCUGGUCUGGAUCUUCGAGACGGUGAACGCCCUGGGCCAGUUCGCCAUCUCCAACGCGGUCGUUUCCUAUUCCGUGUUCGGCGACAAGGACACCUGCUCCUUACUGCAGAGCUACUUUGCCGGAGCCUACUACCACCUGGGCACUUUCGCAUUCGGCGGGUUCGUCCUCAGCUGCCUGAAAAUCCUGGCGGCUGUGAUGGCGGUGCUGGCGAAGCAGGCGCGGAACGAGGACGGCUCCCAGAGCGCCGUGGCUAGGGCGCUGUGCUGCUGCUGCGCGGGCCUCGCGGAGUGCGCCGAGCGGGCCCUGAGCAUGGUGAACGAUCUUAUUUACACCGACAUCGCCCUGAACGAGUCCAGCUAUCUCGAGGCGGCGGAGAACGUCGUGCAGAUCGUGGCUGGCAGUCCUGCCGUGUACGCGUCCAUAAAGGGCUCGGCGACCGUUGUCAGGGUGCUGGGCGUGUCGAUCAUCGGCGGCGGCGGCACCUUCCUGUCGUACCAGGUGCUGUCCUCCAGGGAGGUGCACAAGGAGCUGGAGGUGUCCUUCCAGGACGUCGCCGCGAUGCUGCCGACGUCGAACAUCCUCGGCACGACCAUCGCAGCAGGCGUCGUCUGCUUCUAUGUCGCCAUCGCCUUCAUGAUGGUGUUCUACCAGACGACGUACACCCUGAUGUACUGCAUGCUGAUAGGGGCCACGCAGUCGAGCGGCGGCACGGCGAGCCCUCGUGGCGCCGCGCCCGGAGGUCCACUUCCACGCGGCCUCGCACGGCGACAAGCUCUGAGGGGCGCCGCGCUCCCUCCGCGGUGGUCAUGGAUAAUCCUCCUCCUCCUCCUCCUCCUCCUCCUCCUCCUCGCCUCCAGAGGCAAGCUGGGCCCGCCCGCCGGAACGGCCACGCGGGCCCAGCCCCCCCCGCCGCCCUCCCCGCCGCCGCAGCCCGCGGCCGAC